UGUAUUUUUUGUAGAUGCCUGACACAUCUCCAACAAAAUCUUCCUCCUUUUUCCCGGACACAUGGUACCGAAAGGGCUACGAGGACACCACCCGCUCCAGCACACGGCCCACACCAGAGGGUGCUGGCUCCAUGCCCAGUUCCACUGGCACCCCGUCUCCAGGCUCAGGAAUCUCAUCACCGGGAUCCUUUUCUGGAUCCCCAGGAACCAUCUCUCCAGGUAUUGGCACAGGAUCACCAGGUUCUCUCGGUGGUUCUCCAGGUUUUGGGACGGGAUCACCAGCGUCAGGCAGUGGAAGUUCUCCUGGUAGUGAGAGAGUGAUAUGGUGUGAAAACUGCAAUGCUCGGCUGGCAGAGUUAAAGCGACAAGCACUGAAACUGCUCAUUCCUGGACCGUACUCCAGCAAGGAUCCGUCAUUCUCGCUCCUCCUCCAUGAUAAGCUUCAAGUGCCCAACAGCUCUCGGCAGGCAUGGAACGAGCAUGACAGUCGCUGUGAUGUCUGCGCCACGCACCUCACACAGCUCAAACAGGAAGCUGUGCGUAUGGUCCUCACUCUUGACCAAUGGGAUUUGUCUCCCACCUCCUCACCUCCAGCUUCAUCUGGGCGAUAUGGAUCUCAUGGACCUUCAGGACCAACAGGAGCAUCCGGACCACCAGGAGGUGCUGUGUCACGAGAAUGGUCUCCACCAUUUCUUUCCUCAUCCUCCACUUCAGCUGCUUCAUAUCCUCCUCACUCAUCCUCCCUGUCUCCAUCUCCAAGCCCUAGCCAGACCCCAACGCCCAGCCCAAGCCAUGGACCACCCAAUUCCAGCCAUGGGAGUUCAUCACUGGGGCAAACAUCUAGCUGUGCUCCCACAAACCCACAACCUCAAGGAGCAGGGCACAGACUGGGGACCAAGCCCAGCUCCUUGGGCUUGGGAGCUGGUGUGGACAGACGAAACGGGUCCCCGAGUUCAGCAAAAGCAGCUGGUGCCCAACAGCAGCCAUUACCUGGAGUUAACAGCCCCAGCAAUAAUGUUGGUAACAGCAGUAACAGUGGUAGUGGAGCAGUACUGAGUACAGCCGCCCUGCAGGCACAUCAGCACCUGAGCCGAACAAAUGGAGGGGUUACACUCUAUCCUUAUCAGAUCUCCCAGAUGAUCUCAGACGCCUCAAGAGAUGGACUGCCUGAAGCCGUCCUGAACCGCUAUAACACACACUCUCCUGCACACACAAAUUCAUCAUCACACACAAACUCUCCCUCUAACACUCCCGCUGUCACAACCACUGCACCCAGUGCCACCUCUGCAGCUGCCUCCUUCUUUGCCAGAGCUGCUCAAAAGUUAAACUUAGCAUCAAAAAAGAAGAAGCAGAAAACAGCCGCAGUCACAGCUCCCGUGACUUCAUCCUCUCCAUCAUGUGAGCCCCCGAUGUUCCCCACCAAUUUCAGUGCUGCACUGCUGAUGGCCCCUCCCCCAGCUCCACCUUGCCUUCUCCGUGCAGCCAACAAGAUCAAAGAUACACCUGGACUUGGAAAGGUGAAAGUGAUGAUGCGAGUGUGCCCAGUGUCUCAGUCUGAUGCAACAGAAUCCAGCUCCUUCUUGAAAGUAGACCCCAGAAAGAAACAAAUCACCAUCAUGGACCCUUCAGUAAAUCAAACACCAAAUACUCUGUCCCAGAAAAGGACAGGAGCUAAUCAGGUCCCACCAAAGAUGUUCACCUUUGAUGCAGCGUUCCCUCCUGAUGCAUCACAGGCGGAGGUGUGUGCGGGAACAGUUGCUGAGGUCAUUCAAUCGGUCGUGAAUGGAGCCGAUGGCUGCGUCUUCUGCUUUGGACACUCCAAGCUGGGAAAAUCGUACACAAUGAUUGGUUGUGAUGACUCUCUACAGACUCUGGGAAUAAUUCCCUGUGCCAUCUCCUGGCUGUUUAAGCUCAUCAAUGAGAGAAAGGAGAAAACAGGGGCACGCUUCUCUGUUCGCGUCUCUGCUGUUGAGGUUUGGGGAAAAGAGGAGAACCUUAAGGACCUGCUAUCUGAAGUAGCCACAGGAAGCUUACAGGAUGGACAGUCACCUGGAGUCUACCUUUGUGAGGAUCCCAUCUGUGGCAUGCAGCUUCAAAAUCAGUCUGAACUUCGAGCUCCAACCCCAGAAAAGGCAGCCUGGUUCCUGGAUGCAGCCAUAGCAGCUCGCCACAGUAGCCAGCGCCCGAACACCACAGAGGAAGAACACAGGAAUUCUCACAUGCUGUUUACAUUACACAUAUACCAGUAUCGUAUGGAAAAGACUGGAAAAGGAGGGAUGUCAGGAGGUCGCAGUCGCCUCCACCUGCUGGACCUGGGCAGCUGUGACGUCAAAGUGCUUGGAGGAGGAGGAGGAGGAGGGAAAAGCAGAGAGAACUCACCCAGCUCAGCCCCUCUGUGUCUUUCUCUGUCUGCCCUUGGCAAUGUGAUCCUGGCCCUAGUCAACGGAAGCAAACACAUCCCAUACAAGGACAGCAAGCUGACCAUGUUGCUAAGGGAGUCGCUAGGCAACAUGAACUGCCGGACCACCAUGAUUGCUCACAUCUCUGCCUCACCCAGAGAUUUCUCAGAAACCCUUUCCACCAUCCAGAUUGCUUCACGCGUCCUCCGCAUGAAAAAGAAGAAAACUAAAGUCACUGUGCAAUACACAUCAAGCUCCUCUGGAGGGGAAAGCUCCUGCGAAGAGGGUCGCAUGCGUCGCCCCACUCAUCUGCGACCCUUCCAUCCCCGUGGUGACACUGACUCCGACCUACCGCUGUUGCGACUGUCCAGUGACCCCGAUGAAUACUCCAGCAGUGAGCAGUCCUGUGAUACAGUAAUCUAUGUUGGCCCGAAUGGGGCCGCAGUGUCAGACAGAGAGCUAACGGACAAUGAGGGACCUCCAGAAUUUGUACCAAUUAUUCCAGCUUUGCUUCGAGGCAAAACAUCAGAGCAGCAUCAAACACAUGGUCAAACUCCAGUAACAGGCGCUCAAAACAAGUCUCAGAUAGAUGAACAGCCCAGUGGCCCCUCCCAGCCACUGGGCCAGCCACAGCCCUCUCAGACCUUGCUUGGGCAGCCGUUGGCUUCUGUCCCAGAGGAAGGAGCUGAAUGUCUGAAGUGCAACACCUUUGCUGAGCUGCAGGAGAGACUGGACUGCAUAGAUGGCAGCGAAGAGGUGGCAAAGUUUCCCCUUGAAGAGGUUCCAGCAGGCAAACAAGGUGCCAAACAAGAGUCAUGUCCUUCAUCAUCUAUUCCAACUCCUGCUCCUGGCUCUGCAGCAGCAACAGCCUCCAAGAGGAGAAGCAAUGAUCAACAGCUGCAGGAGAUCAAGGAAGUGGUGGAGGAAGCAGAACUGGCUCAGACAAUGAUCCACAGCUUGACGCAGACAACAGGAUCUCCCAUUGUAACAAGUACCAGGAGCGUAACAGGAAGCAGCAGCAUCACCUCUAACUCUCUGCACAGAGCCAAGAGCUCCCACCUACAUGACAGCCAUGAGAAUCUGAAUUUGGUUAGCAAUACUGAGGGAAAGGGACGCCCUAUUGGAUCGCCACGCCUUGGCAUUGCCAGCUUGACCAAAACCUCAGAGUACAGGCCUCCGUCGUCCCCAUCUCAGCGGUGUAAGGUCUACACUCAGAAGGGGGUGAUGCCGGCAACACCUCCUCUGUCCUCACACACUCUGGCUCAGGACUGCCAGACUACAGAUGCUUUGACCUCAGACAACAGUUUGGCUGCAGACAGUGGUCGCUCCUCCACAGAGUCCCUGCUGUCCAGGACUUCUCCUGCAGGCAUGAGCCCACAAGUCCGAGAGCCAACUCCAUCUCUGUCUGCCAGCUUGGGUUCAGCUGAGACACUCUGUGACGAUGAUGUCCCACCAAUACCUUUAGACACACACAAAGAUGCUUCAGGUCCAGCUGUAUCUGUAGGGGCAGUUGGACCUUUCUUGCUUGGGGAGGAUGAGCUGGUGUAUGACGUUGCUUCUGGAGGGGAGGAGGACCUUGAUGUUACAGCCCUCAAGGAAGCUCAGAGCUUAGCUUGUCGUCCAACGAGCAUCAUCAGCUUUAACAGUGACUGUGGUUCUGAAGGUGCUCUUGCUUCAGACUCUCAACCCAUCAGCAUCACUCGUAGUGCAGCUUUGGAUGGAGCUGUGGAGGAUUAUCACAUGCCCCCAGGCCCUGUAACAACCUCAGGGGUUAAAGAGGUUGUGGCCAUGGCAGAGGUGGCAAUGGCCAAGCUGCGGAUAGAAGGUGAGGCCCUGGCUACAGGAAUGAACUCUGGUUCACCUAUCUCCUCCUGGAUGAGUGAUCUGAGCAUGGGCAGUGAUGCUGAUCAGUCUCUUCACAGCUUCAGCCAGUCCCAGAGUCAGCAAGGGGAGGCCCUGGCUGAUCUUGAACCCAGCCAGGGCACUGGAGUUGAGGGUUUGGGUGGUUAUGAGAGCAGUGGAAGCCCAAGAAGAGGGAGUUUGGAGGGAGAACUGGGGCUGUCAGAGAACUUGUCUGACAAAGACACCCCAUCAAAAGACAGGUUGAGAAAACUACCUCCCUCUAUGGCUAAAACGAACAUCCAAAUUUUGGCAGGGCCUGGUAACCACUCUCCUUUCAAGAGUACCAUUAGUGUUCAUCCAUGUGUAGCUGUCAAACCAAUGAUUAUACAAGAGCCCACCAUUCUCUCCUCACCCACAAAGACUGCCUUAAUGAAAGACCCCGUCAAGUCAAAUGCAGCAGUUUUAGCAUCUAUUUCCAGUGAGAUGAACUUUGAGGACCCCUGGUUGAAACGCAGCAUUGAGGAAGGAAGGUCCAGGGAGCUCGUGUGUGAAGUGAAGCCAGAAAAGAGGGAGGUAGAGUCUUUCAAGAGCCAAUUAGUUGAGAAGGGUGGAGGUGGCAGUGGGGACCAACAGAGCUUCUGCAAGGAUGGUAGCUACUCUGGUUCUGGUGGGGAGGUGGUGUCAUCUCCAGACUUCUUUAAGAGAGUGGUAGAUGGUUGUGAGAUGGUUGCUGUUGUUGCCCAAAGUGAAGGCUUGACUGGCAUCUACAGCCCAGAUAUCCACCGCACAGCGAGUCUUCCCCGCGGGUGGAGCCGUCUCAACCGGCAUGAUGGCUUAGACAAUGGCAUUGAGUAUCGUAGUCUUGGUGUUACCACCUCAACGCCCUGUAGUCCCCGUUCCACACUCGACCGUUGGGGAUCAAAUGGAAAACAGGGCUUUUUCUCCCACAAGAAGGGAGGAAUCCCACCUCUACCACCAGUACGAAAAUCCAGCCUCGAUCAGCGAAACAGGGCAGCCAGCCCUCUCCACCAACCCAGCCAUGCAGUCUCAUCACUUAGCAGCUUGGCAGAUGAUGCAGGGAUAUCUGGAUGUGGUCCUGCGGGAAUCACCAGACAGCGUGGCUCCAGCAUAGAUAGCAGUAGACUUUUCAGUGCCAAGUUGGAGCAGCUUGCCAACAGAACAAACUCUCUGGGCAGAGUCCACGGUUCACAUAGUGGUUCCCACCACUAUGACUGCUUCUCCCUAGAGAGGGGUGAGAGCCUUAGAGGGGGAGGAGGGGUUAAGGGGGACACCACCAUGCCUCGCACUGGACGCAGCACCACACGUGCUGCAUCUGUAUCUUCUCCCACUGGAAGCCCCAGUUUCAGUGGCAGUACCAGUCCAAACAGCACUCCACAAUCACCAGCCAAGACCAGCAGCCAGUCGAAGAUAUCAGCGGUCAGUAAGCUUCUGAUGACCAGCAGUCCCAAGGCCAGAAGUCUGUCUGCUUCCAGCACUAAGACUCUGAGCUUCUCUACCAAGUCUUUAAACCAAAAUGCCAGCCGCAGCUCCAGCCUUCCUCCGAAUGGAAAGCCUCAGAGUUCUGUCCAGGCCCCCCUGCAGCAGCAGGGACCUGCUCCUGGAUCGUGGUCUACCCAGUCUCUGAGCCGUAGUCGAGGAGGAAGCCUGACAGCCAAGCUGCCUCUGCGGGCUGUCAACAGCAGAAUCUCUGAGCUCCUCCAGGGAAGUGCAGGAUCCCGUUCCAGGAGUCAUGUCCAAGGGGGAAGCACAGACACAGUGGAGGAAAGAGGAGUUGGAGAGUUGAGUGGAAGCGGAGCAGGAGACAGCCUGGCAGAGGAGAGAGCAUCAGUGGUAGAAACACUGCCUUCUCCCUACAGCAAGAUCACAGCUCCGAGAAAACCCCAUCGCUGCAGCAGCGGCCACGCAAGUGACAACAGCAGUGUACUGAGUGGUGAGCUGCCCCCGGCCAUGGGGAAAACGGCCUUGUUUUACCACAGUGGAGGCAGCAGCGGCUACGAGAGCAUGCUAAGAGACAGCAGUGAGAAUACAGGAAGCACCUCCUCUGCUCAAGACUCCCUCAGCGAGCACAGCUCAGCCACCACCUCCUCCCGACGGAGCUCCAAGAGCAGCAAGAAGAGCAGGAGUAACACAGGCCUCCAGCGUCGACGUCUGAUCCCAGCUCUGACCUUGGACUCUUCUUCUUCAUCACCUUCUCAGCGCUCCUCCAAACAAGCCAUUACUUCCUCUUCCUCCUCCUCUUCCAGCCCCGGUGCAUGCUGGGUUGAUGGCCCACUGGGUCCUCCUACACCCUCAAGCCUCCGGGGCAUGACCGCAACAGCAGAAACCUUUGAAAUCAAGGUGUAUGAAAUAGAUGAUGUUGAGCGACUACAGAAGAGGAGAGACAAAGGAGGGGGCAAGGAGGUGGUGUAUGUCAGUGCCAAGCUUCGCCUGUUGGAGCACCGCCAGCAGCGAAUCAGUGAAGUCAGAGCCAAGUACCAGUGUCUGAAGAAGGAACUGGAGCAAACCAAACAGCACUUAAUGCUGGAACCACACAAAUGGACCACUGAGUUUGAGCUACAGCAGCCCUAUGAAGUGGACUCUGUGGAGUAUUUGGAAGCUCUGGAAACGGUGACGGACAAGCUGGAGAACAGAGUCAACUUCUGCAAAGCUCAUCUUAUGAUGAUAACCUGCUUUGAUGUGUCCUCAAGACAUCGAUAGACAGAUGGAGGAAUAGAGCUAGAGAAUGAAGAGGUAUAAACAGCCAACUCAGUUAAAUGUCUUUGUUUAGAUCUUUUAAAUAUUUCUUAAAAAAUACAUUUUACAAUCAUUGGAAACUUUAAUAUUGAGACAUGGGGACUGACUGACCACUUGAUGUUGUUUGUGAUCCAUAUGUCUCCUCCAGAUGUAAGUAGACUGAAGAACAGACUGAUGGAUAAACAAAAUGGAGAUUUCCUGAGAAAACAGGCAAAUAAAUGAGCAUUUAAAUUUUGUGUUGAGGCUUGGAAACAACAUCUAUUGGCCAGGAUAGUUUGAACCAAGUGACCAGAAAAUAAAAUAGUUUGAUUGCA